UUCUCAUGUCUUUAAUUUUAGGUGAGCCUGCAGCAAGAUGGAGGAGCUUCCAAGGCAGGGUUACUACUUGUCUCUUGGGGCUGCUCGAAUACAAGAAAUAAAAUCUAUUGUCUCAAAGUUAGAAAAUUGUGAACAUGGAGGUCGGGUCUUCCAAAAUUUGCCACGGCAUAUGCAAAGAAGAGCAGUAUCUUCAAAUCCCAAGCGUUUACCAAGAUAUCUCCAAGAAAAACAUAGAAGGGAGGGUGGUGCUAAUGUUAAGCCUAGUCAUCGCCCCAGGAGAAAGUACCGUCGACGACCAUUCAAUCUCCUGAUGGAGUACAACCGGCGUCAGAAGGACUUUGUCUGGCUAGAAACACACAUAUGGCAUGCUAAGCGCUUCCAGAUGAAAAGACAAUGGGGCUAUGCUCUCCCAGACACACCCACAUUCAAAGGUUACAGGGCAACUCUCAGAGCAGCUGCUAAGUCCUGCCUUCUUCAGGAUGUUUCCUACUUGUGCUGCCUAGAGCUGGAGGGACCAAGUACAUUAAUCAUAGCUGGUUUGUCUCGUGUAAGUCAUCCAUCAAGUCUAGCAGCACUUAACACUCCACAGGCCCAGCUUGGUCAGAAGUGGAUAUCUUUGACACUCUUUAAGCCAGAAAG